UGAGAGAGAGUGUGUGUAGGUUGUUUGUUUGAUGAUGAAGAGAGUGUGUGUGUGAGUGUAAAAUGGAAGGUUGGACUUGAACACGCCUCCGUCUAACGUCAGGUCACUUUCACUGGCUCCAAAACCCCCCAGUUCAGUAAAUCUGUUCAGUUAGAGAGCUGCAGAUGGCGGGAAUGUCGUGGACGUGUGUGCUUUUUGCGCACUUUUUCGCGCACUUAGUGGUGUCAGAUGCUGGCAGUACAUGUGGCUCUCCUCCUGUGUACCCGGAUAAACUCCUGGAUGAGCGGUAUGCAGGGAAGUGGGAGUUUAACACCGGGGACAGAGUGGUGUAUAAAUGUGCGCUCGGCUACAUGACCAGGACGGGUGAUCGCUUCUCCUUCUGUCAGAGUGGACACUGGAGUCCUUUGGAGCUGCAGUGCACGAGGAAAAAGUGCGGCUCUGCUGGAGAGAUAUCGAACGGACGAUACAAGCAGAUGGGCAACGCCUUUGGGGACAAAGCCUAUGCAGAGUGCAAUGAAGGCUACGUUCUUCAAGGAGAGCCCGUUAGAGAAUGCCUGCUUAAUGGAUGGAGCGGAGACGUUCCUAUUUGUGUGGCCUCUCACAGACCAGUAACAUGUGAGCCACUCAUGAACAAUAAAAAUGCUACCUUUUACAAAAUAAAGGACACAUACGAACCCGGAGAUACCCUGUCGUACUCCUGUAACGAUGGAUUCCGUCUGACUGGGAACACCGACUUCCUUAUUUGUGACACAACUGGAAAUUGGAAGCCGAGUCAAGCGAAUUGUGAAAGUAAAUGCCAGCGUCCACCGACCGUCCCAAAUGCCCACACCGUGUACAGUAACCAGAGGGACUACGAGCCGACUACCGCCAUGCGCUUCAGAUGUAAUCACGGCUAUCGCAUGGUCCGAGGGCCGAGUACCACAUACUGCAGGAACGGCCGGUGGACCGACUUAGGACUGGUUUGUGAAAAGAAAAAAUGCGGCUCGGCUGGUGAGAUUGAAAACGGACGUUAUCACUACACAGGCUCUUUGUUCGGGGACACGGUUACAGCCAGUUGCAAUGAAGGGUACAAUCUGGUCGGUGUGAGUAAGAGAUACUGCAAAGCAGCUGGAUGGGACGGCAGAGCGCCUGUGUGUGAGGUGGUCCAGUGCCCUGACCCUCCUCGGGUGCCAGGUGCGGAAUUAUUUUUCGACACGAGCGGAAUAGUACAAUACGGUUACGUGGCGUCAUACAGGUGUCACUUUGGCCAGAUGAUCGGUGCUUCAGACAUCGUCUGCACCAAAGAGGGCACAUGGGAUGCGCCAGCUCCUCAGUGUGAAGUUACCUGCCCCAGACCCCACAUAAUGUUUGGGGUAAUAGCUCAUGGAAUUAGAUCUGUAUACCGUCCUAGGAGCUCUGUGAGGUACAUGUGCUCUCCAGGAAGAAGAUUGUCCGGUCCUGCUGUCAUCACCUGUGGGACAGAUGGACACUGGAAGCCAAGACUUCCUCAUUGUGUAUUCUGUGGAAUAUCCAGUAAUAGCAGCAUGACAGUCGUCUUCAAUGGAAAACGUCUGGGACGACAGAUAACCCUUCCUAAAGCUGGCCAACUGGCAAAACUGAGCUAUCGGGGGAGAAGAACCUUGACUUUCUUGUUAACGCCUCCGCCCAACUGGUCCACCUUAAAUCGCUGUACUGUAACUGGAUCUCCUCAGCUUCAGCUCCGGAUCCCUGCGGAUAUGUCGUGGACAUCGGCGCUCGUGCUCCUGGCGUUCUGCGCGCACGCACUGGCAACAUGUCCACUACCUAACAGUAAUAAAGCUACGAUUCACGGAACAAAGGACACAUAUAACCAUAAAGAAACCAUAUCCUACACCUGCAACACCGGAUUCCAGCUAAAUGACAAAAAAAACACACUGGUGUGUCAAAAAACUGGAAACUGGACACCUAUUGGUCCAAAAUGUCGACAGAUCAAAUGUAAAACAUUUGAAAUAAACAAAGGUACAGUAAAGUUCAAUAAAAAAGAUAAAAACAAUAUAAAGUUUAAUACAAAGGCCACUAUCACCUGCUUCAGUGGAUACCAGCUCAGAGGGCAACGCAAUGUCACCUGUGGAGCAAACGGCUCCUGGUCUCCAGAUCUACCCACGUGUGAACGAGUCACAUGCCCGCUCCCAGCCGUAAACAACAGCAGUGGACCCGAUGGACGCCAGGAGUAUGAAGUUGGAGAACAGAUCACCAUCUCAUGUCAGGAAGGCUUCGAGCUAAUUGGCUCUUCACAGGUCACAUGUGAAGCAAACGGUCAGUGGCAGAGACUGCCUCAAUGCCGUUUGACUGGAGGGAAAUGCCUGCCGCCACCACACGUCACUAAUGCCUACAUUGGACAGGGCUACCAGAGAUACUACGAGCCCGAUACCCCUGUGCGUUUCAAAUGUAAUCAAGGGUAUCGCAUGGUCCGAGGGCCGAGCACCACGUACUGCAGUAACGGCCAGUGGACUAGCUUAGACAUGGUUUGUGAAAAGAAAAAAUGCGGCUCGGCAGGUGAGAUUGAGAACGGACGUUAUCACUACAAUGGCUCUUUGUUCGGGGACACAGUUACAGCCAGUUGUGACGAAGGGUUCCACCUGGUCGGCUUGAAUGUCAGACACUGCAGAGCAAACGGGUGGGAUGGCAGAGCACCUGUGUGUGAGGCGAUAGCGUGCCCUGAACCUCCACAGGUGCCUUAUGCAGACUUAGAUUUUGAAACUAACGGAGUAAUAAAAAGUGGUCACAUGGCAUCAUAUAGUUGUCGCAUUGGCAAGUUGAUCGGAGCGUCAGACAUCAUCUGUACCGAAGAUGGCACAUGGAGUGCACCGCCUCCUCUGUGUGAAGUUGCUACCUGCCGUAUCCCCAAUGUGCGCUAUGGGGUAAUAGUUUCUGGACAGAGCCCUAGAUACGUAUCCGGGAGCUCUGUGAGAUUCACAUGCUCUUCAGGAAAGUUACUGGGUCCUGAAGUCAUCACCUGUGGGACAGAUGGAUUCUGGACACCUCGACUUCCUUUAUGUAAAAAAUGGGACGCAUGAGAAUGUUACACUCUGGUAUUGUUGGAGCCUGGAUUUAUAAGGAAUAUAAUAGAUGAGAAUAUUGUUGAUGUCACUUUUAUUUGGUUCUGCUUCUGUCUGAGAUUAUUUUGUCCUGUCUAGUCUAGUUUAAGUCAUAUCCACUAAAUCCCCUUUUUAAAUUUAUCAUUUGAGUUUUGAAUAACCUUUCAUUUAAUUUUUUUUUUUUGAAAAAAAAA